AUGAAACGGGGGUUACCCAUGUUUUUACUUCUUGUUUUCAUUCAAUGAUCGACUGUCAAAAGAAUAUAUUCGUGAAGAUGAUGUUGACACAUACUCUAACUGGUUACUGCACAGUGAUUUUAACUCUUCACAAUCUGUUACCACGAUGUGAAGGCAGGAAGCGUCCUCCUUCCCAAGCCGCUGACGCGGCCGUGGAAGGUGGUUCGCUUGGUGGGUCACUGUUGGACCUCGGUGCUAACUCCGCUUCCCCUGAAGGUGUCCCUUUGUGGGGCAUAAUCUUGAUAGUCAUCGGUUGUUUGAUUGCUGUCGGAGCAAUCAUUUACCUAAUCUAUUGGAUCCGCAGUCAGAGAGAUGGUGUCGAUGAAGAGUCGAAAGAAGAUGAGGAGAACGUACCUAACAAUGCGAAGUGAGAACAAAUAUCUACCCUCACAUUGAGUAUUUUUAAGCAUCUCCUAUCAGUAAAGGCAAUAUAUAGUGUAGCAAGUGACUUUAAUGCGACAAUAACCUAUAACAUCAUUGAUCUCCAUCCCUUUCUAUAUGUAUUCGCUACAAAAGGGAAUUUCCUACAAAUACUAUGCCCUAUGCCAUUUGGAAAAUUCGAGAAUCAACCUCAAAACAAAGAUACUUUGACGUCGAACGUGUUUUUUUUUCUAUUCAUGUUGUUUUAAUAUGUGUUGAUAUAAGGAGACUGCUUUAGAAAAAUUAUAAAAUGAUUUUGUAGGUAGAUAAGUGUUGUGCAGAUUAUAAAAUUACUUACAACUUAGUUUUAGUUAUCAAUAUUGUGUUAAUAUUGUUUGUUAACUUAUAUUUACCACUAGAUGAAUUUCAUUUUCACACCUGUUCACACCUAUUGUCUGGGCCUCUAUUCACUAUCGCCUUGAGCCUGAGUUAAAGGCUCAGAAUUAGGAAAUAAAAAUCAAAAUAUUAUUGUAAAAAGGCUUAAACAAAAGGAUACAGUAUAUGGUGAAAAUGCUGUAUCAGUUACAAAUACAUUUUGUAUGCCGUUCUGCAAUUUUGCGUAGUAUUCAAUAUGCAAGAAGUAUUCAAACUCAGACUGAAGACUUCAGUGAAUUUGUGCCGUGCAGUGCCCUGCAGUCAUUUUAAAAGAUACAAGACAACUGUUUCAGCUGUCCUCUUUUGUUUUAAUAUUUGCGAACGUUAUACAAGACGUUGUACCAUAUUUGAGAGUAGUUUGUUUGUUUUCGUUAAAACAUUAACUCGAAAUGUGAACAGGUUGCCGGAUAUCAACCGUGCUAUAAGAAGCAUGCGGAUAUAUUUCAACGCUAUUUUAUUUUAUGCUAGUUAUUAAACAUUAUCCUUG